UGAUAUUGAUGGAGAUGGGAUACCAAAUGAUGAAGAUGGUGAUGAUGAUGGAAAUGGUAUUCCUGAUUAUAUGGAAGAAGAUACAGAUGGGGAUGGCAUUCCUGAUUAUGUAGAUGAUGAUAUUGAUGGAGAUGGAAUACCAAAUGAUGAAGAUGAUGAUAUUGAUGGAGAUGGGAUACCAAAUAAUGAAGAUGCUGAUGAUGAUGGAAAUGGUAUUCCUGAUUAUAUGAAGAAAGAUACAGAGGGGAUGGCAUUCCUGACUACCUAGAUGAUGAUAUUGAUGGAGAUGGAAUACCAAAUAACGAAGAGGUGAUAUUGAUGGAGAUGGCAUACCAAAUGAUGAAGAUGGUGAUGAUGAUGGAAAUGGUAUUCCCGAUUAUAUGGAGAAAGAUACAGACGGGGAUGGCAUUCCUGAUUACCUAGACGAUGAUAUUGAUGGAGAUGGGAUACCAAAUGAUGAAGAUGAGGAUAUUGAUGGAGAUGGGAUACCAAAUGAUGAUGAUGAUGAUAGGAAAUGGUAUUCCCGAUUACAUGGAGAAAGAUACAGACGGGGAUGGCAUUCCUGAUUACCUAGACGAUGAUAUUGAUGGAGAUGGCAUACCAAAUGAUGAAGAUGAGGAUAUUGAUGGAGAUGGCAUACCAAAUGAUGAAGAUGGUGAUUAUGAUGGAAAUGGUAUUCCUGAUUAUAUGGAAAAAGAUACAGAUGGGGAUGGCAUUCCUGAUUACCUAGACGAUGAUAUUGAUGGAGAUGGAAUACCAAAUGCCGAAGACGAUGAUAUUGACGGAGAUGGGAUACCAAAUGAUGAAGAUGGUGAUGAUGAUGGAAAUGGUAUUCCUGAUUAUAUGGAAAAAGAUACAGAUGGGGAUGGCAUUCCAGAUUACCUAGACGAUGAUAUUGAUGGAGAUGGAAUACCAAAUGAUGAAGAUGGUGAUGAUGAUGGAAAUGGUAUUCCUGAUUAUAUGCAGAAAGAUACAGAUGGAGAUGGUAUUCCUGAUUACCUAGAUGAUGAUGUUGAUGGGGAUGGAAUACCAAAUGACGAAGAUGGUGAUGAUGACGGAAACGGUAUUCAUGAUUAUAUGGAGAAAGAUACAGACGGGGAUGGGAUUCCUGAUUACCUAGAUGAUGAUAUUGAUGGAGAUGGAAUACCAAAUGAUGAAGAUGAUGAUAUUGAUGGAGAUGGGAUACCAAAUGAUGAAGGUGGUGAUGAUGAUGGAAAUGGUAUUCCUGAUUAUAUGGAGAAAGAUACAGAUGGGGAUGGUAUUCCUGAUUACCUAGAUGAUGAUAUUGAUGGGGAUGGAAUACCAAAUGAUGAAGAUGGUGAUGAUGAUGGAAAUGGUAUUCCUGAUUAUAUGGAGAAAGAUACAGAUGGGGAUGGCAUUCCUGAUUACCUUGAUGAUGAUAUUGAUGGAGAUGGAAUACCAAAUGACGAAGAUGAUGAUAUUGAUGGAGAUGGAAUACCAAAUAAUGAAGAUGGCAUUGUUGACAUACAUGAUGAACUUUAG